AUGUUUGGGCUGCAGGAAGACCUUCGGAAACUGGGCCAGGCUAAAGCAGCACACAACACAGCAGAAAAGAACCCCAUGCUUUCAGAGAAGCUGGAUGCAACCUCCCUUGGUUUCAAACCAUUAUUGCAUACUUCAGAUCAAACAAAACCAGGGCAAAAUAUGCAUGAUUUACAACAUGACAUAUUCCAGGCUCCUCAACUGGGACUAUCUGAGACUCCCCAAUCAACAUGGAAGUAUACCCCUGCUGCCAGCAUUCCCCUCCCAGGCCAGAGGGAGACACCUUAUGCAGCAUAUGCUGGCAUCAAGGAAGACAGUGAUCAAUGA